AUGCCAUCGAAUCUUUCUACUACUUUAUUGGACGAUAUUGCUCGAUUAUAUAUUGAUGCUGAUGAUUAUAACGUCAUUAUCACUGCUGGACAAGGUGAUGAAGCUAAAGUUUUUAAAGCUCAUACUGUGAUUUUACGAUCGAGGUCUUCUUAUUUCAGAGUUGCAUUAUCGUCUAAUUGGGCCAAGAAAAUACCGUCACAGUAUAAUCACGGUUUUCAUACUCAAUGUGACGCUUUAUAUUUUAAUAAACCCAAUAUUUCACCAAAGUCAUUGACAAGAUUUUAUAUCGUGCCUGGAAUUAAACCACCUUCAUACUCUUUACCUCCGAGAAUUGCACAGUAUUCACCAAAAUCUAAAAUAGGAUUUAAUGGCUUACAUGCAGCUCUUAUCGCUAAUUGGAUUAAUCAUGAAGAUAACGAAAUACCAACAACAAGUUUAAAUAUCACUCAUAAAUUUAAACUUUUACUUCGUGGUAGUAAGGACGGUAGAGGUGUUGUAACUUUUCAUGAUCUUUGCGAUUUUAAAGGAGCCACAAUAGUUUUGAUUAAAAUUAUGGGAACGGGUGAACUUAUUGGCGGGUAUAAUCCAAAUUCUUGGACAUCAUCGGAUAGAUAUGUUCGAACUACUGAAAGUUUUAUAUUCUCUCUUGGAAAUAAUACUCAAGAUCUAAGUAAUUAUGUUUUGAGUAGGGUUAAGUUUGCUGAAUUUGCAAUAAGAGAUUCUUCGGCAGAUAACACUUCUAUCGGAUUUGGAAACGACCUUUUGUGGUUCGAAGGAAAAAAUGAUUAUAAUUCUAUUAAUUCUAAUCGAACAUCUGCAUCAUCAAAAUCAUCUUUAUUUGAUGACAUAGAAAUUAAACAACAUCUAGAUGUUUAUGGUACAUGUAAAGAAUGUCAAUCUCCUAAAACUAGUGCCGAAUGGUGUAGAAAAUGUAAUUCAGACCGAUUUCGCGAAAGUUUUGGUAUUUGGAGUAGUGGAAAUAAGGACAUUGAUAAUUUCAUUUCGACUGCUCAAUUGAACGCAAUUGGUUGUUCCCAAGUUUUAGAAUGGAUCCCUUGGGAAAGAUUCUCAAGGAUUAAAAAUGUCGGGUUAGGACGUUUCGGUUCUACCUAUUCUGCUUCAUGGAUAGAUGGUUAUAUUACCCAUUGGGAUAAUAGAAGAGGAAUCUGGGGGCGUUGCGAUUCUGGAACAAAAUUUACUAUAAAAGUCAUUCAAAAUUCUUCAAGUAAUAUUUCUGAUUUUCUUAACGAGCAUCCUAUUACACGAGAUUAUGCGUUAGUAAUUCGUUGUCUAGAAAAUGAUUUUAGGAGUUAUUUAUAUAAACAAAUACCUUUUCUAGAACACGAUUGGAAAACGAAAUUAGAAAUUAUUGCUGAUAUUGCCUUGAUUCUUCAUCGUAUUCAUGAAUCAGAUUCAAUUCAUAGAAAUUUUCAUACGGGAAAUAUAUUAAGGCAAAUGAAUUCAAUACUAAUUACAGACUUAAACAUGCCCAAUUUGGGUGAUGAUUCUCCAACAAUAUCACAUGCUAAAAACCGUCCCGAGGCUGAAGAAGUUUAUAUCUGGGUGCAAUGGUGGUUGGAUCUAUGUAAUGACUCUGCAUCAGAUAUUGCUGCUGAAUUUAACAUCGCUGAUCAAGAAGGAAAAUUAAAAGAUGGUAUAUCAUGGAUACAUCCGGAAGCUAUUUAUACACCGCGAUAUCUAGAAUUCCAAACUUUACCAGAACCUGAAAAUUUUUCUCCCGAAACUUUCCAUCACAUGGUUGCUUUCUGUGCAAGGAUUC